AUGGAAGUCUCUGCAAGCAGGGACUUGUCCAGAGAUGCGCAGACAGAUCUGGCAGCGGAUCUCGACCUCCCCCGAGUGAAGUCAUGGACAAAGGGACUCCUUGCCCAUCUCAUCAUAGUCCCUGCUUGGGUCUUGCCCCCAGGGCUGCUGCUUGGCUCCCUGCUCAUCGCUGGCGCUCCGUUCGGAGUUGCAGGCCUCCUUGCCAACUUGGGAGUCGCUGCAGUGCUCCUGGCUGGACCGAAGUCCGCGCGACCCGCUCUGUGCGUCUUCGUCCUGUGCAUGGCCUACCGAUCCGGUGACAGAAUCGCAAUGGCUGCUGCGAUCUUUGCCUCGUUCCUGACUUGGCUAGUCACACGAUCAGGAAAAAUUGCUAGAAGGCCCUGGCUCUUCAAUUAUGUCAGCACCUGGGCGAAGGACUUCUAUGCUGAGACGGCCCUCCGGGGUGCCUUGGACGACAUCCGGCCUACCAAGAGCUUCUUCGGCUUCCACCCACACGGCUGCCUCUCAGCGGGGUUCACCAUCAAUGGCACCUUCAACCCGGACUUCAUGAAAGCUGCCACUCGUGUGGCCUGGCUCUGUGACAACACCCUCAGGCACAAGAACCCUGGGUUCCGGCUCAUGGCUGAGGCGUACGAAGCCGAGGACAAAGCCAUCGAAGCUUGCGAUGCUCAAGGUUUCAACCUCCAGAUGUCGAAUGGUGUGAAUGUUUCAUUUAUUCCUGGUGGCUUUUUGGACGCAGUGGCCUUUGAGUACGGCAAGGAUGUCUGUGUCCUUCGCAACCGGAAGGGCUUCAUUAAGUACUGCCUCCGGUAUGGAUAUCGUGCUCAUCCUGUCUACACUUUUGGAGAGUGUGAGACGUAUUACACAUUCCGAGGCAUGAAGAAAAUGCGCAUGAAUAUUGCGAAAAAUAAUGUGCCGGCCGUGGCAUUCUUCGGCUGGUCUCUUCUGCCAUUUUUGCCCCGGCCGCAGUCUAGGCUGCUUACUUACGUGGGAAAAGGAAUCGACAUGCCGCAGAUCCCAGAACCCUCGAACGAGGACGUGGACCACUGGCAUAAGGUGUACAUGGAAGGCUUGCAGAAGCUCUUCGACGAGAACAAGGCAGACGCUGGCUAUCCUGACAGGCAACUGAAGAUUUUGUAA